GUGAGAAAGAAAACAGCCUCAAGACAGAUGACUACGGGCGAGACCUCUCCUCCGUGCAGACUCUUCUCACCAAACAGGAAACCUUUGACGCUGGGCUCCACGCCUUUGCCCAGGAAGGCAUCGCCAACAUCACCGCCCUGAAGGACCAGCUGCUGGCCGCCAAGCAUGUCCAGUCGAAGGCCAUCGAGGCUCGCCACGCCUCGCUCAUGAAACGCUGGAACCAGCUGCUGGCUAACUCUGCUGCCCGGAAGAAAAAACUCUUGGAGGCCCAAGAACAUUUCAGAAAGGUGGAGGACCUCUUCCUGACCUUCGCUAAGAAAGCUUCGGCCUUUAACAGCUGGUUUGAGAAUGCAGAAGAGGACCUGACCGACCCCGUGCGCUGCAACUCGCUGGAAGAGAUCAAGGCGCUGCGAGAAGCUCACGACGCCUUCCGGUCCUCACUCAGCUCGGCCCAGGCUGACUUCAACCAGCUGGCCGAGCUGGACCGCCAGAUCAAGAGCUUCCGCGUGGCCUCCAACCCUUACACCUGGUUCACGAUGGAAGCGCUGGAGGAGACCUGGAGGAACCUGCAGAAAAUCAUCAAGGAACGCGAAUUGGAGCUUCAGAAGGAGCAACGUCGGCAGGAGGAGAACGAUAAACUGCGCCAGGAGUUCGCUCAGCACGCCAACGCUUUCCACCAGUGGAUCCAGGAGACCAGCGCAAACACCAGGAGAUCCGAGCCAUGAGGAGCCAGCUGAAGAAAAUCGAAGAUCUCGGGGCAGCUAUGGAGGAGGCUCUGAUCUUGGAUAACAAGUACACCGAGCACAGCACGGUGGGGCUGGCCCAGCAGUGGGACCAACUGGAUCAACUCGGCAUGAGAAUGCAGCACAAUCUGGAGCAGCAGAUACAGGCCAGAAACACCACCGGUGUCACCGAAGAAGCUCUGAAGGAAUUCAGCAUGAUGUUUAAGCACUUCGACAAGGACAAGUCUGGCCGCCUGAACCACCAAGAAUUUAAAUCCUGCCUGCGCUCCCUGGGUUAUGAUCUGCCCAUGGUGGAGGAGGGAGAACCGGAUCCGGAAUUCGAGGCUAUUCUCGACACGGUUGAUCCAAAUCGGGAUGGACACGUGUCUCUGCAGGAGUACAUGGCCUUCAUGAUCAGCAGAGAGACGGAGAACGUGAAGUCCAGUGAGGAGAUAGAGAGUGCUUUCCGCGCCCUCAGCUCGGAGGGCAAGCCCUACGUGACCAAGGAAGAACUCUACCAAAAUCUGUCCCGGGAACAAGCGGAUUAUUGCAUCUCGCACAUGAAGCCCUACAUGGACAGCAAAGGCCGAGAGCUUCCCUCUGCCUACGACUACGUCGAAUUCACACGCUCCCUCUUCGUGAAUUGAUCGCCAGCGCUGCCCACCCCCUGCCCUCAACCCACUCCGCCGAUCCCCGAGAAUGCGCUCGUGCAUCGUUGGCUUCCUCGCUCUUUGCAUGUCUCCCCCUCUUGUGCUCGAAAACCAAUCCCCAUGUAACCUAAAAAACGCUUUGCUUAACGCCUUCGUCCUUAGGCCUAAGGAAACAAACAAUAACAAAAAAUAAUGUCACAGUGUGUGCUUCAAUAAAAGUUGCUAGUCCAAA